AUGUCGGGGGACAUCAAUAGCCAGGCCUUCUGGAAUGAGUUCAUGCGACGUCCAGAUGCCAAGGCGGCUUACCAAGCGGAGAGGCGCCUGCAGGAGAAAAAACGGGUGUGGCUGGAAGAGAGAAGGGUGAUCGAGGAGCGCGGAGAGCAUCGGCGGAGAAUUGCAGAUGCUUUGGAGGAAGCGCCGGCAGAGCUGAAGAAGCUCAUUGCUCCCAUGUUCCACAUCAGAUUUGUGGAGGAUUAUUUGUGGAUGAUUUUUGACGAGUGCGCAAAGAAACAAACGCACUUCCACGAUAAGCUCCGCGAUGCCGCGACCAUGGACCAAUUGCUGCGAAUGCGGGAAAACUUCCAGGCAGGUGGCGAGGAGCGCAUGGUCGAGCUAGAGAAAGAAUGGCAUGCCCAGUGCAAGGCCAUGUCGGAUGCUGAGCAGCGAAAGAAGGAGCAACUUCCGCAAAACAUUGACAUUCACACGCUGAAGCACGUGUUAGAAUAUGCUCAGGAGUGCAAGCGCGAAGGCAAUUUGAGAUUUCAAGAAGGCCUGUAUGAAGAGGCCCUGCACAUAUACAGUCAAGCGGACGAUGCGAUGAAGAAGUGGAAGGUUGACAAGCAGUUGAAGAACGAGGCAAAGUGGCUCAAAGACUACCACUUGGCCUGCCUGAAGAACAAGGCUCAAGCCGCUUUGAAGCUGGAGCUUUUUCAGACGGCCUUGGAUGCUUCAGAAGCUGCACUGGCAAUCGAUGAAGAGGACCACAAAGCAUGGUACAGGAAGGUGCAAGCCGAGAAAGGGCUUGGCAAGUUCAAGGAGGCCGAGGAGUCGCUAACAAAGCUUGAGGAUGUGGCACAGUGGUGUGCUGACCGACGCCGGAUCCUGCGAGACUGCGAAGCAGAGCGCAAGAGGAUCAAGGUUGCUCGCGUCAAGCACAAGCAGAGCACGCAAGACAUGCUUGGACGAGCGUUUCAGGCUGGAGUUUUCAGCCUUGACCGCGACAGAGAGCUGGAAGAGGCAGCCAAGAAGCUGGAAGAGCCGAUCCGUCCACAGGUCACUGAUCAAAAGAGACCAGAGGCACGGGGAAAAAUCAGGCAAAAUGGACUCGUGCCAGCCUGGCAAGCUCAAAGAGCGCUCCUUCUUGCAGAGGCGCGACCUCUGGAAAGGAAGAUCCACCUCACGGCUGCCCUGGCCGGUGACUUGAUGGAUGAAUUGGCGGCGGCUUAUGGCCAGAAGUGGUUCCAGGAGCGGGUGCGAAAGUGCGCCCGAGAUUCUGGGUACGAGCGAUCGGUGUUCCUGAUGCGGCUGAAGGAUGUGGCUUUCGAAGUGCAGAAGCCCGUGCUGGAGAAGUGGGGCUUUGAGGGCAAUGAACAUGGUGUUCGAGAGAUGACUGCGGCCAUUCGCGCGCAUGCCGACAAGGCAUGCGUUGUCUCGACGUCAAUCGGGCUCUACUUGAGGUUUAGCCACCUGCUCACAAUAGCCAGCUUGCGCAGGAAUCAUGACUCCGUCAUCACGCUGGUGGACCAGAACCCAAUAAUAGCGCCUCUUUGUUAUAUCGGCGUGCUGAUUACUGUCAUUGGCAUUACUUGUCCAGGGGCCACUAUGCUCAGUUUGCUGGGCGGUGUGCUUUUCAAGCAGCCAUAUGCCAGCCUCUAUGCGUACUGCGGCUACAUCGUUGGGGCAACAAUCUCGUACUUUGUCACGACCUUUGUGCUGGGCGACUACAUGCGGAAAAGACUGGCUGCGAAUUCUCAACUGUACCAGAAGUUUGAGGCCAAUGUACGCAACAACGCUUUCGCCUACCUCGUCGCUGCGCGGUACACAAUGGUCUUUCCUUUCUUCUUCGUGAAUGGGGCAGCUGCUUUAGUGGGUGUCAGAUGUAGGACUUUCAUCGCAGCAACUUCGGUGAGUUGCAUUCCUGGCUCUGCACCUCUGACAUGA